UCAGUGUAUAAGCUCAUCAACAUCAUUGUGUGGAGCUCUCUACGUCUUUGGUGUGGAGCCAGCUUGUGAAAUCGUGCACGACUGACAUCGCAGUCCUACGUAUUCACUUUUGUGUCAGUUUUCCUUCAGUAGAUCUAGUCUGGUUUUGGACGUUUUCAAAGGACAGAAAUCUGUGAAAAGAUCCACUCAUAUAAUAAUGGAUGCGCUGAAGAAAGGCUGGUUCAGUGAACUAGGAACACUGUGGCCAGGAGAAGCCGCGUCGCUGGAAGUGGAGGAAGUUUUGUUUCAUGAGCGAUCCAAAUUUCAAGAUGUUCUUGUUUUCAAGAGUAAGACAUAUGGCAAUGUUUUGGUACUCGAUGGUGUCAUUCAGUGUACGGAGAGAGAUGAGUUUAGCUACCAAGAAAUGAUCACCUUUCUUCCACUGAACUCUCAUCCAUGCCCUAAGAAGGUGCUAGUCAUUGGUGGAGGUGAUGGAGGGGUCAUCCGUGAGGUCGUCAAACAUCCUGAUGUCGAGUCUGUGACACAAUGUGAGAUAGAUGGGUGUGUUGUAGAAGUGUCCAAGAAGUACCUGCCAAACAUGUCAAAGGGAUACGACAGUCCGAAGCUCACCCAGCAUAUAGGUGACGGGUUCGCCUAUAUGAAGGAGAACAAGAAUGCCUUUGAUGUCAUCAUAACAGAUUCUUCAGAUCCUGUAGGGCCUGCUGAAAUGCUCUUCGAGAAGGAGUACUUUGAGUUAAUGAGGAGUGCGCUUAAACCAGGAGGCAUCAUCUGUACACAAGGAGAAUCAUUAUGGCUUCAUCUAGACCUUAUCAAGUCAAUGCAGAAGUUCUGCCGGACACUGUACCCAGUGGUAGAGUAUGCUUUCACAACGAUACCAACCUAUCCAUCUGGUCAGAUUGGUUUUACCCUCUGCAGUACAAGUUCGGACACUGACUUCAGAGAUCCUGUACAUAAACUCUCGGAUGAGCAGAUCAAAGAGCUGGGACUGAAGUAUUACAACUCCGACGUUCAUAAAGCUGCUUUUGUGCUACCCCAGUUCGCCAAAGAGGCACUUCAAGAAAGCAGUUCUAAUGGAGCUACAGAAUGAUGUGUAAUUGGACGUGAAGGAUCUCUAGAUGCUGCAGGGUAUUAAACCCAACAUUGUUUCUCAGCUCUCCAUCUCGAGGCUCAACUUUGACCGCUGAUAUGGACAAACGCACAACAGAUAUAGGAAAUUCUGUAUUCUGAAAACUAUGUUACCUUUUGUGCUGGUACAAAAAACAAACAUUAUCCAACAAAUGUGAAUGCACCUGUUAGAAAACAUCAAAUAUUCCCUGUAACUCAUUUAUAGCGCACCACUCUGUUUAAUGGAGUAAAUAUGUUGUAGCUAUAAAUGGAGCUUGUAGAGGUGUCGUGGUCGAGUGGAUAUGUCAUUGGACUGUCGUCACAAGGUCCACGGUUUGAGUCCCGCUGCGGCACUAAUAUCCUUUGACAUUGAUCUA